AUGAAAAAUGAACUUUAUAUCAAGGAAGUAUUUCAUAUAUGUCGAAAACCUAUUAAGAUUUCAAUUUUUGUUAAUGGUUUGGAAACAUCACAUGCUUCCAAAGAAGUUUUAGCCAAAAUUGUUCAAAAAGCACAAAAGAUGAUCCAAUUACAAAAAGAGCUAAUCGAUAGUUUUCGUGACUGUUUAAGGCUAAAAUUUGAAGCAGAAGAAGAACAAGCAUCAGAGCUAUUAACUAACAUUGUUCAUAAUGUUGUUAAUGAAGUUUUAAACAAAAAUAGAAGCCCUGCUGGAUAUAAAGCAAUGAAAUUGAGUCAACAUAACAACAAAUAUAUUGAAUAUGUCAAUUUUGAUAAUAAAAAUGCUAAACUUGAAGCUUUUGGUGAAUAUUGUCUUUACAAUAUUCAUGGUUUGAAGUAUAUGAAUGAACAUACUAAAUCUACUGAAUAUAAUGAUAAUAAUGAACAAGACUAUAAGUGA